CCUUUGGGCCAACUCUCACUUUCAGCAGCAGCACAACGGGACUGGCGCUUGACUUUUAUUUUUUUAUUUUUUCAUCCGCUGACAGUAAUCCAGCAACAGUCAUGAUAAGAAACGAGGUUUUCUCCUGUUUUGUCUUCUACGCCGUCCUCCUGGUGAUCAAAAUGUACACUAUCGCGAUCAUAACGGGACAAGUGAGGCUACGGAAAAAGGCUUUCGCCAACCCAGAGGACGCGCUGAGACACGGAGGGCUGCAGUUUCACAGAGAGGAUCCCUACGUGGAAAGAUGCCGAAGGGCUCACCUGAACGACUUGGAGAACAUCCUCCCUUUCCUCUUCCUGGGGGCCGUCUACUCCCUCACCGGACCUUCGCUAACUGUGGCUCGCCUUCACUUCCUCGUGUUUUUUCUCGCCCGCGUGUUGCACAGCCUUGCCUACCUGUUGGCCCUGCGAGCACCCACCCGUUCUCUGGCCUACACCGCCGCACAGGUGCCCUGUGUUUCCAUGGCUGUUCAGAUCCUGAUGUCAGUGGCAUCCUUCGCCUAGUUUUCAAAGACGUUAGGAGUGAAGAGAAGUCAAAAGACCAAUCUUUGGACGCCCAUUCAUGACCUAUAUCAGAGAGGGUUAACUACGGGUUCCUAUAGAAAGACAGUGGGAGUGCAAUAUAAGCUGUUGGAUUACGCCUGAGCGUUUUUAAAAAAGUUUUAUUUUAAAGUAAGAUCCUGUCAGUAUUUUUAUUGUUAUGCUUUAAAAAAUGUGACAAUGUCUCAACAGAUUUUGAAGUACAAUGUUUGACGCCAUAGACUCUACUGAUGUAUCUAAAAUGCAAAUGAAGUUUGAUGCAGAUUUUUUUUUUUUUUGUUUUAACAGAAAUUUCUUGAAAUCUAGUGACUCAAAGCCACUUUGGGAUAUUUUUUUUCCAGCUGUACGUUGAUCCCUAACCUCUCCCGUGUUUACACUAAACACAGACCACCAUUGGUGUGGUUUUGUACACUUAUGGUGGCUUAGACUGUUUCCUGCGUAGGUGUUCUGACUGUCACGAUAAGCCUUGUUUGAAUAUUGUAUGAAACGGAACCUGACUGACGGGGUGUCGAAAUAUCAAGUCAAACCUAUUUCUCUUAAAAGGACUGAAACAUGAACGUGUCUCAACAGCCUGCAAGAACAUAGAAAAAAAAACAAAUCUGUGAAAAUAUAUCCUGAGGUUAUCCUUAAGGUUUUGUAACUAAUUUAUUACUCUUUCUUUAGCUAUGCAGGCUCAUCAGGAUAUAUAUUUUUUAGGUAAUAAAACAGUUCCUGCCCUGGGAGGGAGAACAGCCAUUGUGUUGUAAUUUCAAUGAUCAGGUUGGUUGUUGUUUUAGCCUGGCUCUGCAGAGACUGGUUUGGAACGGGAUGGGGCCCCAUUUUAUUUUUUUUUCAUGUGCGAGUGAGAUGAUCCAGAAGUCCAAGGCAAACCUCCAGCAUUCCUGCGCCUGUUACGUAAAACUCUGGACCCGGCUGAGCUCACUUUCAUUACAAGAGGGGUGUUGGGAAAGAAGUGGGGAAGCAUCACAGAUGUAUUUACGCUUAAAUGCCAAGUCAUCCAUCCUGACUUUGAAAACAUAUGGGGUGUGUGGAGUUUCAGAAGUUUUUUUUUUCUCUUUCCCCCUCUGUCGACAGACUUUGUCUCAGUGCUGUAUAACCUGAAGCCACAGUUUUCCCACUUCUGUACAUCAUAUUCCAGUAAUCCUACUUCUGGUUAUUUUACAAGUGGUUGAGAUUAUUUAAUGUUAACAUAAAGCUAAAAUCCAUUGUGGUCACUGAUUUUUUCCCCUUUACGUUUUUUGUUCUUUUUUUUUUUUUUUUACCACACAAAAGAUACGAUACAACCGACCUAGUCUGUGGGAGGACUGGAAAAUUCCUGCUCUGAAAGACAGAGCUCUCAUAAUACAUAUAAUCUGGAGGACACAUAAAGCUCACCUGCAAAGAGCAAGGGUGUGUCUUUACCUUUUCAACCUCUUCUUUUCUGUAUACGGGUAAAUUCAACUAAUGCACACAAUACAGGACAUUUAUUUA